AUUGCCUUACUAGAAAUGGUACCAAUGAUUUUGGGAAUGCAUUGAAUUGCCCCUUGAGGAACAAAUAAAAUAUUUAGAAUUGAAUUGUACUACUACUGAGAACUGAGUCCUUGUGAUGUCACAACAGAACAACAUUGAAUGCUGUGUUGUGUUCUUCCUCAGUGGACUGCUUUAACUGUUGGACUGCUUGUAGCUGCAGGUAAAUUCUGUGGCACUCGGAUUAUCCAAACAAAGAUGGAUGAGGAUAAUACACUGCGAGAUGACAACACAUGGGAGGAAAAUUUUAGUGACGAGGAUGAGGACAGUGAGGGAGAGACAGGAGAAGAUGACUCAGAUCUCAGUGAAGAAGGUGGUGAGGGUAGCUCAAUGAAGAAGACAAGCUGCUGGGGGAUACUUCCUGAUGUGUGCUUGCGGCAUGUGUUCAGUUUCCUUCCUGACGGUGAUCGUAUGAGUGCGGACGUAGUCUGUCAUCACUGGCACAAAGUCAUGCGCUCUCCCUCUCUCUGGCGCUUUCGCCUCUUCCAGUUCAGUGGUCGUUUGUCCAAAUUCAGGCAGUCUGAAUAUUGCUCUUCUGUGGGCUAUGCCCGCUCCCUGGGAGUCUAUCUAGAGAGGCUGGAGGUGUCUGUGUGUCCUCCACGCAGGUCCUUGAUCGCCCAGCGACUGGAGCAAACCAUCAGCGGGCUGUUUUCUGAGCUUACCAGGGUGAAGGCCCCACUAAAAUCCCUCACCCUCAUAAAGUUGGAGUUGGAUCGGACUGCUUGGACUUUAGGGCUCAGGAACUCUUUGGUAAACUGCCUGAUUCACUUCCUCCGAAAAGCCUCAAAGCUCACCACCAUUAGUCUGAACUGGAUGCGAAACUCCAUGCAUCAGGGUCUGGAGCUGCUUUCUGCUCUGUCACAUUCUCAGAGGCGCUUUCCUCCCACCCGGUGCUACAUCUCCUCUUUGAAUUUGGAAGGAUUCUUCUCUGGUGCUGUGCCUGUCCACCUAAACUCCAACGUUCCUUGCAUCAUGCGCCACCUGCAAGGCCUCACUGACCUGAGCCUCAGUUACUCCUGUCUGUCAGACGAGCUGCUUAUGGCUCUCCAGCACAGACACCGAGGAGGGAGGCUGAACCCCAGGAGAGAUGAGAUCACCUUGCAAACGUUCUCGCUGCACUGCACUUUAAAUGAGCCCCAUCGACAGCCGGUGUGUGGUGGCUCAUGGGCAACUUUAGCAUCGAGCUCCCCCGACCUGAAAGUCAAAAUUACAGUGCACCAAGUCAUCAACACUGACCGGCUCGCGAGGAUACUGCGGCCCGAGAUCCCCCUGACAGAAUACACCAUGGUAGCCUUCUACUCCCCCGACGAAGGCUGGACAGCCAAGCCUGUCCUCUGUGACAUGCUGCCUCAGUACAGCCGCAGCCUGCAGCAUCUGAGUCUGGACCUGAGCAAUUGCAGUGAGCCGUUGGAUGUGGAGCUGCUGGAGCUGGUGAAGAUGUGCGAACGUCUGGAGCAUUUGGGAAUCUGGGCUUUCUUGGAGGUCAUCACUGUAGAGAAGCUGCUGCACAUCCGACUGACACAAAGGAGCUUACUCAACAAUAUCAGAGUGAGAAUCUACUCAGUAAAUGACAACACCGUAGAGCAGGAGGACCAGCUGGAGCAGAUACUAUCGUCCUACCUGCAGCUCCCUCCUGAACUGGAAUUCUUUGCCAUGAUCUACCCCUUUGUAUGAUCACUAAACAAAUGCACAGGUGCAUGUGUUUAAAAUAAAAUGAAUGAAGCAUGAAAUUAAUCUGUUUUACAAACCAAUUAAACAAAUCAACAGCAUUUGGUCAUUCCAGUUUGUGGCAGAGUUGUGACACUGACUGACUGUCUCUCCAUGUCUAUAUCUAUGUUUUUUUUCUAGGGGGUGGGGGUUGUGUGUGUGUG